AUCCAGUGCAGUGAUUAAAAACUUUCAAACAUUUUGGGACUUAUCAAAGAAUAUAACUAGUGAAAUUUAAGCGCGCUAAAAUCCAAAGAUACGCGUUGAUAUACUUUUACGCGAAUACAACUGCACAAUGCCGGAAGCUUAAUAGCAGCUUCCCUCGAUUACAUAACUCGAAGUUUCUUCUUAAGGCUGUAACAAGAGAUCUGCGCAUCGAGUUGUUCUCGCUAAUUUUCACAUUUUCAUUCAAUUGCAGGUUUUCGUGGAUAAUAUAACAUCACUUUAUUUUAUAUUUACACGCACAUAUACCCACACGUCGUAAAAUCAUUUGGAGACUUUAAAUGUGUUUAGCUAAACGAGAGUUGGAAUUUGUCGACGUCUGUGCGACAGUGGCAACGACGGCAGCAAGCGGCAGCAGCAGUAGUCUUUGCUAUUUUCGGUAGAGCUUUAUAUUUUCAAUAAGUAUGGAUGAUAAAUUGCCAAAGACUUGGCAGAGGCCUGCCGGUCCAUUAAAUGUUUGGAAAAUCAUUGAAAGUACAGAAAAAUUAAGCGAUGGAUCAACAAGACCGAUUCGGUUUUCUAUUCAAGAAGUUCCGGUGGAUAGACGAGAGGAAACUAUAGAUUUCAUGCUCAAGUAUUACAUUCCCGAUGAGCCUAUUUGUAAAAGUCUUAAUUGUAAAAAUGAUCCAGAUAUGAUUCAUGACUUUCAAGUAUGUUGGAAGUACUGUUUAGAGGAAGGCUGCGUUGAAGCGGCUUACGUACUUGGUUCUGAUGGGAGCAUAGGUGAACUGGUUGCUUUAAAUAUGUUAUAUGUUUCUUCUAAAGCAAACGACCAAAAAAUAUUUCAACUAAUGGAUAGCUUUAAAUCGUCGAAAUUUAAAGCAUUGGCAAAAAUCAUGUUGGAUGCAAAAGAGACGGCUAACUGUUCAAAUAUUUUAGGCGUUGAUGAAUAUAUAUCUGCAAUCGGACUUGCGGUCGCAACUCAUCUGCGGGGACAGAAGCUGGGCUUGCGACUUCUAGAAGCCAGAAGUGAAAUGGGUAAGAAGUUUGGUAUAAAAGGAACAUCCACAACAUUCACAGCAAAAGCUUCCCAAAUUCUAGCCACAAGGGCGGGAUUCGAAGAAAAAUUUUCAUGGAACUACGCUGACAUAAUCAACGACGAUGGCACUCCUUUUUUCCCAAAUAUCGAAACAGAAAAUUUUAAAAUUAUGACCAAGAAGUUUUAAUUGUAUUCUAGAUAAAUAAAAAAAUCUCUUUCUUAAAAUUGAA